AAUUUUUGUCUAUUUUAAGGUGAUACUGAAAGAGUGUUAAAUGGCAUUGUUUCAUUGCUCUUUGUCAUUCCUUAUGAUAGUGGAGACCUUUUGACUGCAUUAGUUCCUUACUUUUGUGAAAAACUAACAAAAGCACCUACAACAAAAAUGGCUAUGGUCUGUCAAAGAGUGUUACAAAAUCUGUAUGAAGGUUUACCAGAGCAGUCAUCAUUACGUUAUGAUGUCUAUUAUAAUAUUAUCAAAAUUGCCAAACAGACAGACACUAUACAUCAAGUUUUUACAGAUAUAGAUAAGUUGAAAUCUUGGACUAGGGCAAAAAAUAUCAGUACUGAAAAGCUUCAGAAAUUACUGAGACUCCUGCAUAGUGCUCUUGCUGAAAGCAAUCACAGUGAAUUAGCUUCUAAAGUAAUGAUUGAGUUGCUGGGUACAUAUACUGAAGAUAAUGCUUCACAAGCAAGAGAAGAUGCACAUAAAUGUAUAGUUGCCUGCCUUUGUGAUCCCAGCACAUUUUUAAUGGAUCAUUUGCUUACAUUAAAACCUGUACGAUUUUUAGAAGGAGAAUUAAUUCAUGACCUGCUUACAAUAUUUGUUUCCGAAAAAUUAUCUUCAUAUUUACAAUUUUAUGAAGCAAAUACUGAUUUCAUUCAUUCUUUAGGUUUGUCUCAUCAACAAAGUCUGCAUAAAAUGAGGCUUUUAACUUUUAUGCAAAUGGCUGAAACAAGAAGAGAAAUUCCAUUUGAAAUUAUUAAGACAGAAUUGCAGUUAAAAUCAGAAGAAGUUGAAAGUUUCAUAAUCGAUGUACUCCGAACAAAAAUGGUGCAAGCAAAAAUGGAUCAAGUUCACAAGCAAGUCAUUGUAAAUUCAACAAUGCACAGAACUUUUGGAAAACCACAAUGGCAGUUAUUGAGAGAGAUACUCAUGAGAUGGCAUAACAAUCUAGGACAAAUUGAGAAUAGUUUACAAACUAUUGUACAGACUCAGUAUGACCAAAUUGCCUCCCUGCAUGCUUGAUUUGAUUGGAUAUUUUUUCUAAAUAUAAAUUAAAAUUUCUUGUAGCCAUUUUUUAAAUAAACUAUAAAUGAU